AGAAGGAAAAAUACGUGAGCGUCAUGUCCGCACCACCUUAUGAAGGAGCUCCUCCCUACCAGGUAAAAGAGCCUUAUCCACCUCCACCACAAUAUGGUCAACCUGCCUACAACCAGCAACCUGGCUUCGCCUAUCCACCCGGUCAAAUUAACCAAGGUUAUCCUCCGCAACCUUAUCCAAACGCAGUACAACAAAAUUAUGGUCCACAACCUGGCUAUGGCUCACCGUAUGGACAAUAUCCACAGCAGUAUCCCCAACAAUACCCACAACAACCACAAGUCGUAAUGGUCGAUCAAAACCGACGAAACUCAGGAGGCGAUAGUGGCAAAUGCUGUCUCGUUGCGUUGUUAGCCUGCUGUGCAGGAUGUUGUCUCGCUGACUGUUGUGAUUAGGAGCUGAACCUUGGAGAACAUGGCUGCAAUAAUUAGGGCUUUGAAGGCAAUGGGCAACUGGGGUAUCUGGACUUCCAGUGAGGAUAGUGAUAAGGCCUCCAACAAGCCAGUUGCUUAGGCAGUAGCUCAUACGAUUCAUUC